AUGUCAAACGUAUAUGAUCAAUACUCUACGUCGACCUCUUCGCGAACAAAUUCUCUUAAUCGACCUUCGAUUGUUCCCAUAUCAGCUUUAUUAAAUCCUGAACCUGAUAAUGCAUCAACGACAUCAUUAACUUCAUCAACGAAUGCUGAUAACUAUGAAAAUUUAGAUGAUGGUUAUUAUAAUUCUUCAUCAAGUCAAAAUGUUCAAAAUUCUCAACAUUGUAGACGUUAUUCUGCUCCAAAUUUAUCUUCUGAUAUCUUCAAUGAAUAG